CGAUUCCUUUAAUAAAUCUGUUUAAAUUUUGCCGCCGCGCUUGCGCAUUAACGAUUAUUCAACACUUUUCCCACUCUUUCUUAUAGCCAAUAACCGUUCAUCUUCUAUCUUUCAGUGUUGGGUUCACUUUCACUUAUAGGAAAAUUGCAGCGUUAGCCAUACAGUAGUAUUACAUGUACAUUGUUUACAUGCGUAUCGUGUAAGAUUUGAUUUAAAUAAAGAUCAAUUUGUGAAACGUUUUGUAUAAAUAAUCGAUUGCAAUGGUACGAAAAUUAAAGUAUCAUGAGCAAAAGCUGCUGAAGAAGGUGGAUUUUAUAUCGUGGCCAACUGACAAUAAUCUCCACGAGGUUAAGAUCUUAAAAAGAUAUUGUGUGCAGAGAAGAGCUGAUUAUACAAUAUACAAUAAAAUAGCACGUGACAUACGUGACUUGAGUAGGAAAAUCAAGGAGAUCGAGCCCGACCAUCCUUUCCGUAUAGAACAGAGUGCUUUAUUACUGGAGAAGCUACGGAGACUACCGGUAGUUAUGGUACGAAGUAAAAUGUGUCAAACAAUAAAAAUGGCAACCAAGUUGAUAGAACAAGGUCACGUCAGAGUUGGUGUAGAAGUAGUAAAGGAUCCUGCAUUUCUAGUGACAAGGAACUUAGAAGACUUUGUAACAUGGGUAGAUACGUCUGCUAUUAGAAAACAUGUCCUAGAAUACAAUGAUGAAAGAGACGACUUUGAUAUGGUGUAAAUCUCUUCAUAUAACAAAUCUAAAAAUAUUAGAAUUUAAAUAUUAUAUCUAAAUCUAAGUAUUAGGUUUUUUAUCGCUCGCGGAAGAAUAAAAGUCUG